GAAGUUGUGUGUGUCACCAAGAUGGCCGUCGUAAUGUGAAUCCAGCGACCCAAGUCGGAAAUUGUGAAACAUUUGGAGAUAUUUCUCUCUCUCUCUUCCUAUAUGUAUAACCUGUGUAUAUAUAGACAUUUAUAAGUAAACCUAUUGCUGCCGUAUAAGACAGUUCCUCAGUCUCUGCCUUUCUGUCCGGUUAAUAUAAUCAUGGCUCAGGCAGAAGUUUUGCCUCUUGACGAAAGAAUUGUCCAAAUCGCAAACGACGAAGGAAAUUCCGACACUAUUCCAGCUUUGGAUAGUCGCUGGAUGAAAGAUGUAGAUUUUGUUAGUUACCAACAUCCGCCUGUAGAUCUCCAAGACGUUGCUGCUUAUGAAGAAUGGUUGGAAAGAACAAGAUUCAUUAAUGAAGACCUCCACUGGCUUCUUACCCAACCACACGAUAAAUUCUGGAGUCAGGUUGUCUUUGAUGUGUCCUUACACAAACUCAUUGAUUCCUACCUUGAAUCUGCUCCCAGACCUUACGAUCCCAUAUACAAUCAACUGACCCUUGAUGCCCGAGAAUUACAAAAUGAGGUGCAUCGUAGAAUCUUUUUAACCUGUGUCAGAAUGGCUACACACAAGGAGUCAAAGGAAAACUUUUUGACUCCUUCCAUCUUUGGUGAAAUUAUCUACAAGAACUUCAUCUUUGACAUUCCCAAACUUAUGGAUCUGUGUGCACUGUAUGGCCAGGGCAAUCGGCAAUUACUGUCCAAGAUGGUCGGAAAUAUCUUCAAACAGCAACCGAAAUACGAGAAUGAUUUACGUGAGGUGAUUUCCACUGUGUGUGAGGUUUUCAACGGAAUGUUGACGCAGUGUGGCCUCGAUGAAAGCCUGGCACCCACCAAACUCACCGACCAAAAUCCACAGAAACUCAACAACAUAUCGAGUCUAGAAUUUCAGGACAUUAUUUUCUACCUGGUUGAUGUUAGCUACACACUGUCCAGCUUCAUAGAAAUCUAUCCACCGGCCAGAAUAUACUUCCAUGAAGCUAAUUUCUGUUUGAGAUUGGCCACAUUCUAUGAUUUAAUAGUUCCAUCUUUGACAUCAGCUCUGAAAACUAAAGAAUUCGAAAUGCCAAGCACCAAGUUACUGCUAAAGAACCGACUUUCUCUUGCCAAAAAGCAGAUGCUGUCAAUAUUCUAUGAAAUCUUAAAUUAUUGUUGUAUACAACCCAUUCUUGAUAAAAGUUCCACUGAUGAGAAACAGCAACUGGAGACUUACAUUGAGAAUUAUCUACAAAUCCUGGCUUUAGUCAUCUCAGAAAGAAGGUUUAUUGCUGACUACGAAGGCCAAUACAGCAUCCAAAAUGAAAUCAGUAUUUUACGUCAGACGUCAGCCAUGAUAGAUGAAACCAGGCUGUCAUUUCUACAGAACGCUUUUGACUCUUCUUUUUCCCUGUUUGGUAAACGGAACCAGCCAAAAGGGUCGAAGAAUGCAGGGGGUCGCUGUACACCGGAAGGUUGUGUUGGAAAUUCCGAAGAAAGAUUGCAAGCAAUUGAUGGCAAAGAGAAAUCUACAGACAAUGGCAGUAAAUUUGCGCAACCUGAAAACCUGGUCGGGGCCUGUGCCAACCCAGAACUGGAAAGUCUCAUCUGCUCAGUGAAAGAAUUGUUCCCAGAUCUUCAUGACAGUUUUGUGCAUGCAUGCCUUGAAGAAAUGGACUUCAAUGCUGAAAUGGUGAUAAAUUCUCUCUUAGAAGACAACCUGCCACCUUCAUUAGAUCAACUUGACAGGUUUCAGCCGAAAGAGCCCUCACCCCCGGCUCCGUCCUCGCCCCCGGCUCCGCCUUCGUCCCCUGUACAUUCGGUUCUGGACAGCAGAAGGAACAUCUUCGAUUACGAUGAGUUCGAUGUGUUCCACCGAGACACAGUGGAUAGAACGAAAAUCCACAAAGGGAAACAAGACAUAGCCAAACAGGUCGACCUCAAUGAUAAGACCGACAUCCGUGAACUGAAGGCCACAUACGAGUUGUACGGCAACGUGGAUGCAGCGACGUUGUAUGACAAGCACCUGCUUGAGGCCAACCUCUACGAAGAUGAGUACGACGAUACAUAUGAUGAUAACGAUGCUGGUUUAUCUGUUGGGGACACACACACCGAUGACCUGCUGGCUCUACGUCCAUUCACUGUGCCUCGAGCCUUGGUCAACAUUAAUCAGGCCAAACGUAAUGAUAUUGCUGGACACAACCAACAGGACAAUGACUCUUCAUCGUCUGACCAAGAUGAACCUUCAUUUAAAAAGGCUGAUAACUUUAUAGAGGACCCAGCCAAACUACGUGAACAACGGGAACAGAGGAUAAGGUCCCAGCGUGGAGGAAACCGUGGCUGGUCAGCAAAGGAACCUGCAACCACAGAUGAAAAGCCAGUGUAUGAUGUGAAAGGCAGAUCGAAAGGCCAAGGCCAGAACCAUGAGGUCCUGCAUAACCGACAGUGGAAAGAAAAGCAUAAAGGAUCCCGUGCUAACCACAAUCGGAGAGCCUUGGCCGACAGAAAGCGGAGUAAAGGGUUUGGCCUGUUGGGACCCAUGAAGUGAUUUUUGUCUAAGUCUACCUUGGAUUCUGUUAAUUAGAAUAAUUAUAAAUUUAUUUUGGCAGUUUA